UUCCGUUACGACCCUUAAGCAUUCCCCAACUUGACGGCGGCACAAGAAGACGUCGACAUGAUGAGCCCGAUGACGCCGACAAACAACGAUGACCUUGACAGCAAUGGCAGACGGGGCGGCGGCACGGCGUACGAGCGCCGCGCGUGGACGCGAAAGGAAGACGAUGCGAUCAUUCGACUUGUUGAAGAGUACGGGACGAAGCGAUGGUCGGUCAUCUCGGAUCAUUUGAACAACGAGAACUUUGGCAACGAACGAACAGGCAAACAGUGCCGCACUCGAUGGCUCAACCACUUGGAUCCGUCGAUCAAGAAAGAUCCAUGGACCACGGAAGAGGAAAGCAUCAUUGAGGAUGCGCAGAAUCGGCUAGGAAACAAGUGGGCAGAAAUCUCCAAGCUGCUGCCUGGCAGAACGGACAACGCGAUCAAGAAUCACUGGUACUCCUCCAUGCGCCGCACCAUGCGCCGCAUUGCAAAGCAAGUCAACAAGACGACACCCACGAACAUGCACGGAAGCAGUGGGAACUGCCCGUCGACUCGACCGUCUUCUCGACAGUCGUCUUCGUCGUCGCCCAUGCUAGACGACAUGGCGGCGAACCACGACGACAUGCUCGUGCACCCUUCCUCUUCAUCCUCUGGGCAACAUCAUCACUCUUCGGUGUUGCAUGCCACCUCUCACAGUGGCCGCUCGUCGACGUUGUCCACCGGAAUCACCCCCAAGCAAGCGUCGGCCUUUCGCGAAUGCUACAACGUCCUCCUGCACAAUAAAGAGAACCCCCCGCACGGAUCACCGUCGCCGUUGUCAAACUCAAACUCGGCCAUGACGGCAACCCCGCCCAAGAAGAGCCUUUCCAAACGAAAACGCAAAGACCUUCGCGUAUGCACAGGCUCGUCGAUCGAAGGCGGCAUGUUCAUGCCGUCGACGCCACGCCGAUUGCACCACACCCAACUCCUUCUCACCCUGCUCUCGAACGCGUCGGAAGAUCCGAUGACCAAGUGUGCCAAUGCCAAGCGAAAGAAGCGAUCGGUGCCCCCGUCGCUUCCCGCUUCGUCGUCGUUCUCGUCCACCGCGGCCGCGCACGCAAUGUCGUUCCCGCUCUCCCGCAGCUCUGACACGUCCAUGGCACUGGCCGACCACUUUGCCUUCCACGACAUUGAGAGUCCAUUCCAAGCAUUCGAAUCGCUCGACUUUGAUCUGAGCGAGGCCGUGCCCACCGAUCCGCUCUUUCAAGGACCUGCCACGACACCCACCCACAGCGAGCGCAUGACGCCGUCGACGACGCCCGCCCCACCUCCGCUCUCGUUGUUCAGCGUGCGCCGAUCCCCUCACAUGGCAUCGCUCUUGAAAACCAACGCCAAGUUCUCGUUCGACGAUAUCGACCUCGCGUCUGAAAUGGAGCAGUCUUCCCUGGACUUCUACAUGAACAUGGAGUCCCUCCCGACCGUGCUUCGGCGAUCGCCGCGGCUUCGAACAGACGUGUCCGUGGCGUUUCCGUCUCCAUCGUCGGCCGCUACGCCGUUGUCGUCCAUGAUGAAAAAGUCAGCCUUCCACCCGCCCACGAUAGACGUUGCGCUCGGCCUCCACCACGACACGUUUGGCUUUGACAACUCGAUGACGCCGUCGCUGACGAGUCCCCAGCUCAGUCAAUGGCUGGAUGGAUCGCCCCGUGGCUUUGCCACCGCCGUGUAAGAUGCGCGCCGCGUCCCCGUGUUGUCAAGUGUUCUUCCAUCUUCUUCUGUACAACCACCCCCCUAGAUUUAUUCCCACUUAUGUACGCCUUGAACGUG